CGUGCGGGAAGGAGUAUGAUGGAGUCACAGAGGGGGGGGUGAGGGCUCUGCGAAAAGGAGGGAGACUGCAAGGAGGGAUUUGAAGCAUGGGAACUAGAACUGGACGAGCAAGAGAUGGAAGUUGAAGCCCGGCCCUCGGAUUACGUAGUUAAGAAGAGCUGACUGCUAGCAAGAAAAUGACAACUCUAGAAAAAAUUGACUAUGCCUCAUCACCCAUCCGAGGACCUGGAGAUGGCAUGGAAACAGAGCAGACGGGUGAAUCUGUAGAAGUAAGCACUGGAGCCAGCGCUACAAACCAUCACAUCCACCACAGCCCACAAAAAAAAGCAGUCUCAUCGCUGAGUCCUGGAGUUCUCCAGCUAGGGCAGAUACAUGCUGAUAAAUCAGUAGAAGUUGAAGCCGUGCGUAUAUUAGUCCCCAAAGCAGCUAUCACCCAUGUAGUUGCAACUAAAAAUGCUAAAGUAGCUAAAUCGGCGGGACACAAAGGAGAUGCUUUCCAUCAGUCAGAUGGAACUGCAGAUCCCAAGAAAGAACAGACUGAGCUCAAAAAUGCAGUCGAAAAGCUGAAGAAUUCAGAAAAGCGGUUGUUACAGGAUAAAGAAGGUCUCUCUAAUCAGCUGCGUAUACAGACGGAGGUGAAUCGGGAGCUGAAGAAACUCCUUGUUGCUUCUGUUGGAGAUGAUCUGCAGUAUCACUUUGAGCGGAUGGCUCGUGAGAAAAAUCAGCUUAUCCUAGAAAAUGAAGUCUUGGGCCGGAAUCUGUCUCAGUUGUCUGAACAACUGGAGCGCAUGUCUAUACAGUGUGAUGUGUGGCGAAGCAAAUUCCUAGCAAGCAGGGUUAUGGCUGAUGAGCUAACCAACACCAGAGCAAUUCUUCAGCGUCAAACCAGAGAUGCGCAAAGUGCAAUUCAGGAUCUGUUGAAUGAACGUGAUCAGUUCCGCCAAGAAAUGAUUCAUACACAAAAGCUUCUAGAGGAACUGAUGGUUUCUCUUCAGUGGGGGAGACAACAGACAUACUAUCCCAGUGCCCAGCCUUACACUACAACAGAGCUAGCAGCUGUGAACUGUAAACUAGCCAAAGCUGUAAGCUCACAUCUUCUUGGAAAUGUUGGAACUAGCAGUCCAAAAAAGACUUCAGCAGCUGUGGAAUUUUGCAAUACCCCUGCUGAGAAAAUGGCUGAAAGGGUGCUACAUGUACUGGAUCCAGCUGCACGUACAGAAACAUCAACAGAAGCUUCUUUUUCUGAGACUUCUCCCUCUUCCUUCCUUUCUACAAAGAAGAAUAUUGGAAGGUUUCACCCAUAUACAAGAUACGAAGACAUAACUUUCAAUUGUUGCGACCACUGUCAAGGAGAGCUCAUAGCCCUUUAAAAACAUGGCUGAUGUUCAUGACUGCACAUGCACUCUUUCUGAAGAAUCCCACUAGUUGGUGUUCAGCAGGCUUCCCUUUUUCCUGUUUCUUUCUAUAUAAGUGGGUUUAAAAUAGGAAAUCCUGUAUUUUCUGCUUCUCUGCCUCUUGAAGCCAGGGACUGCCAGGAUUUCUUUAUUCUGUGGGCUGCUUUAUUCCUUUUCAGUCUGAAAAACUACUUCUUUCUACAAAGGCAAGACCAAAGACUUUAUGCUGGUCCAAUUUGUAGAGCCUAGAGAUCCCCCUGACUACUUAAGUUUGACAAUCUUACUAGCAAAUCUUAAUGAAUUCAUCAUCUUUACAGGGAAGUAAAAGCAUAAACUAUACCAAAGCAAAGGAAAUGCUAUAUUUUUAAUAAGUAAUAAUCAUAGGUCAUUAGGAUAUAGUCAGCUCCAUGGUUCUUUAGUGUUAUCCAAGGCAAUGAACUGUCCUCAGGUGUAUGUUCGAUCUUUUAAAUUUAGUCAUAAGGAGUGUAAGCAAUGAGUCUUUAUAGCUGUAAGCUCUGAAAGAGUGUGGAGGAGAGGAAAAGAGCUUGAACGAACUCUAGCUACAACAUAUAAAUAGUAACUGGUUUUAAAUGGAUUCUUGAAAACUGUGGAGUGAUAUUCUUGUAUUUUCACGCAGGUAAAACAAUGGCUUUUCCCUCUCUUUUGUCUUCUACAGUCAUGCUGUUAAGUAGUCAAUCCUCAGAAAAGAAACAGAUACACCUCCUUUAAUACACAGUGUUGAAAGCUAAACUAGCAUUAGAGUUCAUUCCUUGCCCACAGUAUUCCUGGGUGUUAGGGGAGGCUGAAGAUAAGCACUACUUUUGCACAAGUAUUAGUAAAAAAUAUUUUUUUACUUUAUGAUUUUGUUACUGUGAAGCAAGUUCAAAUGAAUAUUCCUGCAGCUUAUCUGCUAAAUCCAAAGACAGGACAUAGAAGAAACACAGGAGCAAACGCGGAGGAAAAUCAGGAGGAUGCAAAUAAGCAUUUUUAAUUUAACUCCCAGAUUUAUCAUAGGUAGUGUCUAUCUUAGGAAAAGGGUUUCUACAAUAGCUGCUUUCACCCUUUGUUUUUGUUUUUUUUUUUUUCCCUUUUAAGUCUCAUACUACAAACAGAAUUAGCAAGUUACAAGUUCUUGCUUUCUUGGGCAUGCUUUGGUUUGCAUGAAGAAUACAAUAAAUUUUCUUUGCUUACAAGUUACAA